AUGAGCUUCUGGCAGCGUUUUCUUUCGCUGCCCGGGGGCCGUCCCCUGCAGCAGCUGCUGCUGCAGCAGCAGCAACAGCAGCAGCUGCUGCAGCUGCAGCAGGCCGCCACCUUCAGCAGCGGGAAGGUGGUGCUGCCGUGCAAGCUGCCCCCGGGCUUCAAGCUGACUGCUGCGCAGCAGCAGCAGCAGCAGCAGCAGCCUCAGUCAGCAGCAGCAGCAGCAGCAGCAAAGGCCAACCGCUUCAGAGUUGCUCAAGAGAGGAGGAAGAGGUGUAAACACACGCACGGCCAAAACGCCGUUUACUGA